CCUUAUUAAUAUUAUCAUAAAUAAAUAGUGAAAAUGGAAAAUAUUAAAGGAUAUGAUAAUGCUGACAUUGGCCACGUCCAUUCCUUUAAAAAAUCCAAUCUUGUGAAGCGUCCUUCCCGCCACGAACUGCAUAACUUCUGGUUUUGGGCAAUACCCAUAAGUUCCAACAAUGGAGGUAAUAAAACCUCCCAUAGCUAUAGUUCCCGUCAAACCAGGCUAUCCCUUUAAAUUUUCUUCAAAACCCACCAAGCUUAGCACCAUUCCUUUAUUUCCUGACUCUCAUUUGGAUAAGCUCUGCAAAAACGGACGCCUCAGCGAGGCCAUCUUGGCUCUGGAUUCCAUUGCCGAACGUGGGUCUAAGGUAAAACCCAGAACCUAUAUGACUUUACUUCAGUCUUGCAUUGAUGCGAAAUCUGUUAAGUUUGGUCGGGAGGUUCAUGCUCGGAUAGGUUUGGUUGAGUAUGUUGACCCUUUUGUUGAGACAAAAUUAGUGAGUAUGUAUGCGAAAUUAUGUUACUUGGAUGAUGCACGCAGAGUGUUCGAUGAAAUGCGUGACAGAAAUUUGUUCACUUGGUCAGCUAUGAUUGGUGGGUUCUAUAGAGCAAAGAGGUGGAAGGAAGUUUUAGAGCUUUUCGUGCUGAUGAUGAAAGAUGAUGGUAUUGUUCCCAAUCAAUUCCUUUUGCCUAAGAUAUUGGAGGCUUGUGGGAAUUCUAAGAAAUUUGAGAUGACCAAAGUGAUACAUUCAAUGGUGAUUCGAUGUGGCUUCAGUGGUUCUAUUCGAGUCAACAAUUCAAUUUUUGAUGUCUAUGUAAAAUGUGGUAAACUGGAUCUGGCUAAGAGGAUUUCCGAGAACAUGGACAAAAGGGAUGUUGUCACUUGGAAUGCAAUUAUAUCUGGGCUUUGCCAUUCUGGUCAGGUCAAAGAAGCUACUAAACUUCUUGAUGAAAUGAGAGAGGAAGGGACUGAACCGGGUUUGUUAACUUGGAACAUAUUGAUUGCUAAUUGUAGUAAUUUAGGGAAGACUGAUGUCGCAAUGGGAUUGAUGAAAGAGAUGGAAAGUUUUGGCAUUACUCCAGAUGUAUUUACUUGGACUUCUAUGAUCUCAGGGCUUGCUCACAAUAACAGGAGAGAUCAGGCAUUAGAUUUUUUCAGAGAGAUGCUUUCGGCAGGAGUCAACCCGACCGCAGUUACGAUUACAAUUGCAGCUUCAGUUUGUGCUUCUCUAAGAUCGCUCAACAAAGGGCUUGAAAUCCAUGCCUUUGCAAUUAAAAUGGGUCUUAUAGAUAAUGUUCUAGUUGGAAAUUCACUUGUCAACAUGUAUUCCAAGUGUGGGCAAUUGGAAGCGGCUCAAGAAGUCUUUGAUACGAUUAAAGACAAAAAUCUUUAUUCAUGGAACUCAAUGAUUGGUAGUUAUUGUGAGGCUGGUUACUGUGGUAAGGCUUGUGAACUCUUGGUGAAAAUGCAAGAAUCAGACAUACUGCCCAAUGUUUCCACUUGGAAUAUCAUGAUCUCAGUCUAUAUUCAGAAUGGGGAUGAAGAUCAAGCCAUAGAUAUCUUUCAGAGGAUGGAGAAAGAUGGCAAAUUCAAGCUAAACACUGCAACAUGGAACUCUCUCAUGGCUGGUUACCUGCACCGCAGGGAUCAAGGCAGGGCGCUUGGGGUAUUUCGACAAAUGCAAUCCUGUGGUGUUAGUCCUAAUUUGCAUACCAUGCUAAGUGUUCUGCAUGCAUGUACAAGUAUACUUGCUGCAAAAAAGGUGAGAGAGAUACAUGGAUGUGUACUGCGCAGAAGCUUAGAGUCUCAAACUCCUGUGGUAAAUUCAUUACUGGACACUUAUGCCAACACUGGAAAUAUGAAAUAUUCGAAGACUGUAUUUGAUAUAAUGUCAUCUAAAGAUAUUAUCACUUGGAAUUCAAUCAUUGCUGGUUAUGUUUUGCAUGGUUUAUCAACAAUUGCACUUUAUCAAUUCAAUCAAAUGAAGAAAUCGGGAUUGAAGCCAAAUAGAGGUACUUUUGUAAGUGUUAUCAAUGCAUUCAGCCUUUCUGGAUUAAUAGACAUGGGAGUGCUAGCUUUCUCUAGUAUCACUGAAGAAUAUGGUAUUGAUCCAAGUCUAGAGCAUUAUUCUGCUAUGGUAGAUUUAUAUGGCCGUUCAGGUAAGAUUGAAGAGGCAAUGGAAUUUAUUGAAGAUAUGCCAGUAGAACCUGACUUCUCAAUCUGGGAGGCUUUACUUACUGCUAGUAGGAUUCAUAGGAACUUUGGAAUUUCAGUGCAUGCUCUGAAUCAUUUGCUUGAGUUGGAACCUGGAAAUCACUUGAUUCAGAGGUUAAGAGCGCAGGCUGAUGCUUUAGUUGGGAAAAAAUCUGAGAGUGAUUCCAAAAUGAGAAUGCUAGAGAAAGAGAGUUCCACUACAAGGAAUAUGGGAUGGAGUUGGAUUGAAGUUAACAACAGAGUCUACACAUUUGUUGCUGGUGAUCAGUCUAAACCUCAUCUAUAUCCUUGGUUAAAUGGUAUACCAAAAAAUGUGGGAAAAUCUGGUGUUCGUGAUGGGCUUUGCUUUGAAGAAGAAGAUAAGGAAGAGAUUGGUGGUGUACAUAGUGAAAAGCUUGCAAUUGCUUUUGCCCUUAUUGAGUUUCCAAGAAAGGGCCAAUGUAUCAGAAUAGUUAAACACCUGAGAAUGUGUGAAGGUUGCCAUGAGACAGCGAAGUAUAUCUCCAUGGCUUAUAGGUGUGAGAUAUACCUGAGUGACUCGAAACGCCUACAUCGUUUCAGUAAAGGGAAAUGCUCUUGUAGGGACUAUUGGUAGUUUAACAACCAAGUGAGCUACUUUCUCUGGAUCAUCUACAUUAGAUUUAGGUAUGUAAUAUGCCUUAAUUUCAAGAAUAGCAAUUGUAUGGUAUUAGAUUAUUUUUUUGUAAAAAAAAAAAUUCUUUUGUUUUGGAAUGAAAAACAAGGAAACUCCCAGAACUAACUUGGGUCACAAA